GUCAUGACUUCUUGUGUUAUGUUUACGAUAAAAGUUAGUUCCUAAAGAGCUAAGAUGCAUCGAUUUAAGAUUUGCUCAAUUAAAUAAAAUUAGCGCGAAAUGAUACAAUUAUUACGUUGGGUGCAAUAGAUUUAGAAGAUUCGAAAUGGCUAAACAAUAAAUGAUGAGGAGUUUUGGGGUUCCCUUGUGCACUUUGGUGCACGUGAGCACCACAUGCAACAGCUAUCGCACACCAAUAAACCACGCAUUCAGAAAACUCUAGUGCUUGAACUCAGCCUGGACUUCCAUCUCACUGCAGUGUCGUUUUACGACGGUGGGGUCACAGCAGUGGUGGUUCAGGCCCAAUUUCAAGUCAGUAAUACUUAGUCCGCCCAAAGAACCAACAAAGUUUUUCUGUCUUCUGAGUUAGCAGUAAUACGAGUUUUUCUGCCUCCUCUGGCCGCAGGAAAGCAAAAAUUCCUGCUGCCUAAGGCCACAAGGAUACCCCCAGAUUUCUUGCCUCACAGUAAAAGAAAUAUCCCUACUUUCUUAGCGGCACUACCAGCUCUAAGUUUGGGCGCACGCCACCUUUGACUCUCCAAAUGCACUGCAUGGUUUUGACACGCUCAAGGCUUGUGGCGGCGAGCCCUUGUGUGCACUUAAACUCACUAGUGACCCGGUAAGGCGACAGGCAUGCUAUUCAGCUCGGUGCCAUCCACAUCAGCGUAAAUGCUUACAGAUAUAUUCACAGCUGUGCUUUUUAACCGCGCUUGGUUCCAGAAAAAUCUGGCUUACAGAGGCAGAUCUUAGCAAGUUCAACAUCCAGCGAUGUGGCACCACGCGGAAGACAAAUACAAGCCCGCCGGACCUGUGGCGUCCACACCAGUACAUGAAGUGUUAUAAAUGCGUGUAACAUCCAGUUUCACUGACAAUCACUGUGCUAAUUUUGAUGGGGUUUUCUGCUUGAAAUCAACAAAUCAUGCUGGUAAACAUACACCGCCGGUAUUUUUUACCUCAAUAAAGUCGUGUUUCAAUCAAUGUCAUAGUGCUCAUCAGUUUUUUGCUACCGAAAAUCAUGUUGUGAAUAAGCAUCAUCACGUCGAGCCACGUCUGAUUGACAGUUCAUGAUCCAACCUCUCGUACCACGAAGUCUUCGUCCGUAGUACUUUUUAUUGCAAGGCAGUGAGGCCGCACGUUGUACAUGUAUGCUACGUCGGGACACUCGCCUGGAUUACUCACACCGUCUGAAAGUGCAAUCUUCGCGAUAUCCAUAAAUUUUUCAUCGUACCAAUCGAAUAAAUUAUUGCGAAGUGUUGCUUCACACCGCCCC